CUCUCUCUCUCUCCCCCCUUACCCAUCGUGGUGAUGUCACAACACUUAACAUUUGUGAAUGACAACAGUGACACGUCACGUGGAGUGUAGCUCUGCUGUUUUGUUACGUACGAUAUGGUUUACCUUCAUAUUGUCAGUCCUACUAUAGGCGAAACCGCUUCCGUGAAAACCGAAGUGCGAACGUCUCCAAAGUAGAAUUCUACAUAACUGAACAGCAAAACCUCACCCCCCUUUUGACCCUAUGGUAGCACUGGUGUGGAGAUGUGGCACGGCCGGAAAUGUUGAAUUCGACAUUAUUUUGAUAUUUGGAAUUUUUCACGGUUUCGCGGAAACAGUUCGCUUAAGUGGCCGGUCGAUCAUGUGUGAUCGAUAUGAAGGCUGGACCAAGUCCACUCACUGUUUAUGCACUACGCUUGGGUCCUGGUGAGGAAAUCUUGACCUCUUUGAUAAAAUUUGUGGAAGAUAAGAAGCUAAAAGCACCAUUCAUCAUCACUUGUGUGGGCAGUGUCACCCGGGCAACGCUUAGGCUGGCGAAUGCCACUGCUUCGAAUACAAAUGAGAUCAUUCAGCUGAAUGAGAGAUAUGAAAUUGUUUCUUUGGUUGGCACCCUAAAUAAAGAACCACACUUGCAUAUUUGUUUGGCUGAUAAGGAUGGUAAACCUGUUGGAGGACAUGUUAUUGGUAAUUUGCAAGUUUUCACUACAGCAGAGAUAGUGCUUGGAGAAUGUGAUGUCUUACAGUUCAAUCGGGAGAUGGAUGAACACACAGGUUUCCCAGAACUUGUCAUUAACUCUCGCACUGAAAAGGCUUAGCAAUUUGUACUCUGUAAAUUAUGUCCCAUUUUUCUGAAAAAAAAGAACAUUAAAUAAAUUGAGUUGGAGCAUG